ACAAUGCAGGAAGUCAACGGGACACACGAUUGGCUGAGUAGACAGACACAGGCCAACAGUUGAGGAACAUCAACAACACUUUUCCCGUUUAGUACACUGUUAUCGGCGAGGAGCACGUUUCUUUACAAACACACCCGCAAAGAUCUGACAUGAAGCUCUGCUUCCCUCUACUGCUCUGCCUGGCAGCGGCCCUUUCAUCCGCCUUUGUUAUUUCUCCUCCACACAUGUGGACCAAACUGAUCCUGACCCACCACUGGCCAAGCACAUUCUGCAGUAUGGAGAAGCCAGCUUGUCAUCCCAACAUAAGUUACUGGACACUGCAUGGACUUUGGCCAGAUAAAGGGAUUGACUGCAAUUCAUCAUGGCAUUUCAACUCUUCUCUAAUAGAGGAUCUGCUUCCAGACAUGAAGAAGAGUUGGCCUAACUUACUUAGCCCGUCAUCUGCUUCAUUCUGGAAGUAUGAGUGGCACAAACAUGGUACAUGUGCAGCCAAAGCAGCUUAUCUGAAUACUCAGCAUAAAUACUUCAGCAAGGCACUGGAACUAUAUCACAAGUUGGAUUUGGACAGCAUCCUGAAGAAGUUUGACAUUGUACCAUCCGAGACAUACUACAAACUUUCGCAGAUUGAAGGAGUCAUGGAGAAGUUCUACGGCGUCAAACCUAAGAUCCAAUGUGUCCAUCCCUCAAAGAACGCUGAUUUCCAGGUGUUGGGGCAGAUUGAGAUCUGCUUCGACCCUGAAUUCACCCUCAUGGACUGUGAGAAACAUUUUACCAUGAAGAAGAUCUCUAAGGCAGACUUCAUUGCUGAUGACAAGGCAUCUGGGUUCAGCGUCUGUGACCUCAAUGUGCCAGUUUACUACCCACCUCUUCCAUCAAACACAUGAAUGUACAAACUGAAAGGCAACGGCACACUACAACCUGGCACUUGAAUCAGAUAUAGUGGCCAGUAAGUAUUUUUUCCAUUUCUCAGAAGGACGCAUGAGAGUUCAGGUCAUGCAAGAGGUAACAUGGAAUAUUCAUGUGCUGUAUUUCAUUUCCAAAUGAGUGUAGCCUUGCAUUACAUUUAAUGUUGACAUGUACUUCAUGUAAUUGACUUUUAAGAUGCGUCAAAGUUAAAUAUCUUUUGACGUCCUAUAUUUUAUAUCCCAUUUGUGUACUUAUGUGCUAUCUAUUCAGUGCCGUCUCUUUUUCUGCACGGACAGCUGCUUUACAAUGACAUCCACGGCCUUCAGGCAUGAACUAGUGGGAUUAUAAUUCGCUACCUCCUGAUGAGUGUGAUCUAUGCCAUUAUUUAACGCUGUGUUUUAUGCCUGGUUAUGAUUUGUCCAUGUUUGUCAACUUAAAACCACUGAACCAAUGUAUAGAGUAGAAAUUAAAUAUAGUGUUGUAAUGAGUAAUUGUAGCAUUGUUCUGUUUUAGUAAACAUGAGUCCAGAUACCCAAAUACUUUGGCAGGGAUACCUCAAAACUACACUAAACACAAUACAUUACACACAUUAAGUUUCUCACAUAUGCCUACAGUGCAGUCUUUUGAUUUUGGACCAGACUGUACAAAUUCAGUACUUGUUUCUCAAUUAUCUAGUAAAUCAUUUAGUGAGCACUACUUAAUCCCCGCUUAUUUGUACAACUACUUGUUUCUAUUGACUGUGUUUGACAACUGCUUUUGUGCAUGAAUAAAUUCUCUAAGCUGAAAGGUAACUUUUUAAAUGUCAAUUAAACAUUCGAAAUCAAA